GUGUUCUGCAUGUCAUGUAAGGUUACCUCCGACAACCGUUCAUACGAAAAAAGUCACUCCGCCGCAGGCACGACCCGUAUCAGCGGAGAAGGCAAUGCACAAAUCCAGCGCCAUUUCACGGCCUUGCUUCCUCGUCGUCGCCGCCGCGGCACUGUGGGCCUUAACACUCUACUUCCGCUUCCACUUCCUCACGGUCGUGCUCAAUGCGGACAUCCUCCGCGCCACGUUCACGGGGCGCGUGGCGACGUCGCUCGUCCCGGACUACGACUACGGGCGCGGCAGCGGCAGCGGCGACGACGAUCCCUGCCGUGGCCGGUACGUCUACAUCCACGACCUGCCCUCGCGGUUCAACAGCGACAUCCUCCGCGGCUGCGGCACGGCCCGCUACCAGUGGCCCAGCAUGUGCGACGACGUGGGCAACGGCGGCCUCGGCAGGCCGCUCGAUGGUGGCGCGCUCACGGCCGCGAACGGCUGGUACGCCACGCACCAGUUCGCGCUGGACGCCAUCUUCCACGCCCGCAUGCGGCAGUACGGGUGCCUGACCAACGACUCCUCCGCGGCGGUCGCCGUGUUCGUCCCGUUCUACGCCGGCUUCGAGUUCGGCAGGCACAUCUGGGGGCAAGACGACUCGGUGCGGGAUGCCGCCUCGCUAGACCUGCUGCGCUGGCUCGUGCGACGGCCCGAGUGGCGCAGGGCGGGCGGCCGCGACCACUUCCUUGUGGCGGGGCGCACGGCGUGGGACUUCAUGCGUGACAUCCACCCCAACUCAACCUGGGGCACCAAUCUCCUCUUCUUCCCGGCCGCCAAGAACAUGACCGUCCUCGCCGUAGAGACGGCCACCCUCGGCUCGGGCAACGACUUGGCCGUGCCUUACCCCACCUACUUCCACCCACGCACAGACUCCGACGUUCUGAACUGGCAGCACAGGAUCCGGAACUCCAGCCGCAGGUGGUUCAUGUCCUUCGUGGGCGCGCCGCGGCCGGGGGACCAGCGAUCGAUCCGGUCGCAGGUCAUUGCACAGUGCCAGGCCACGCGCGCGUGCGGGCAGCUUGGGUGCGCCUUCGGGAGCUUCCAGUGCCACUCCCCGGGCGACAUCAUGGCGAUGUUCCAGAGCUCCACCUUCUGCCUCCAGCCGUCGGGGGACUCGCCGACGCGGCGAUCAACAUUCGACGCGAUGGUCGCCGGCUGCAUCCCGGUGUUCUUCAGGCAGCGGUCGGCGUACCAACAAUACAGGUGGCACCUUCCGAGGGACAAUGCCACGUACUCGGUGUUCAUACCGGAGGACGGCGUGCGCUCGGGGAACGUGAGCAUUGAGGCGGAGUUGAGGAAGAUACCACCGGCAGUGGUGGAGAAGAUGCGGGAAGAGGUCAUCAAGCUCGUCCCAAGGCUGGUCUACGCCGACCCGAGGUACAAGCUCGAGACACUCAAGGACGCGUUUGACGUCGCCGUGGACGGUGUAUUGGAGAGAGUGGUGGAGAUUAAGGGCAUCGGCAAAUAGGAUGCUAUCGGGAAAUGGUGAA